GAUUGGCUUUCGUGGAGAGAGACCUGGAUUUCGACACAGCAGACCGAGAGAUAUCCGUCUUCGAGGUCGUGAUCCGUGCGCUGGGCGGCUUGCUUGGUGCGCAUUCCUUAUCGGGCAAGCAAAUCUUCCUGGAGCGUGCCAUCGAGCUUGCGGAGAGGAUUCUUCCAGCCAUGAACACUUCAUCCGGGCUCCCUUUGCCCAGGUGGAACCUCGCCCGUGGGCUGGGCAAGAGCACCUACGACCCGCGGAAGGAGCCCACGAUCUUAGCAGAGGCCGGGAGCUUCCAGCUCGAGUUCCGCUACCUAUCUGCAGUGACAGGAGACCUGCGCUACAGCAAGGCAGCAGAAGUGGCUUCACAAGCCAUCCGCGAUGCAGGUGCAGACGGGCUGGUCCCAGUUCACCUCACGCCAGCCGAAGCUGGGAAGCCUCAACUCAUGCCCGACAGGCUUGCCAUGGGCGCCCUGGCAGACUCUUACUAUGAGUACCUCUUGAAGCAGUGGCUUCAGAGCCCUGAGGAGACUCAUCAUCGCGAUGCCUGGCUCGCAGUCAUGGAUGCACUGCCCUCGCUGGUGGUUCCAGAUCCACGCAGCCAAGGCAGUGGGAGCAGCAAGCUGCAGCUGCUAGAGAUGAAUCGCCAAGGAGGCCUCAUCUGGAAGAUGGAUCACCUGAGCUGCUUUGUGCCUGGCAUGAUCGUGCUGGGCUUGCGACACAUGUCAGACGAUGAGCUGCUGCAGAAGAGCCGCAAUGAGACUUGGCAUCGCAUGGCCGCAGGAUUGACCUCCACCUGCGCUCACCUCUGGAUGGACACCAAGUCCGGUCUGGCACCAGAGUUCGUUUUUUUCGACAAGAUGAAAAGUGGCGAGAAGACGAUUCCCCGCGGGGCGCAGCAUUCGUACCUUCGGCCGGAGACAGCAGAGUCCCUCUUCUACCUGUACCGGAUGACGGGGCAGACGAGAUACCGCAAGUGGGGCAAGAAGCUCUUCCGAUCCAUCGUGGAGCACAGCAAAGUCGCUGGCGGCUACGGCUCGGUCGAGGACGUCACCGUGGUACCCACGAAGAAGAUGGAUGAGAUGCAAUCCUUCGUGAUGGCUGAGACCUUCAAAUAUCUGUAUCUGCUGUUCUCGCCCAAUGAGGCCCUUAACGUCGAAGCUCUGACCUGCGAGUUUCCGAUGCCCGAAGCCCGAAUGGCCCAAGUGCAUCGGCUAGGAUGGGCCCGGAUAGGUAUCCCCCAGCGGCAUGCGCUCCUGGAGUCACGUUUUGCCGCGAUUGGAAGCAGGGAUCUCCACCCGGCUUGCAAGCUGACAGGACUAGGUGCCGCAGUGUGCGCUGCAUUUCGCUGUCAGGGAAAGUUUCGAUCGAAGCAGCGACGAACAACGGCUUGUUCCGAAGCCGACACAUCGCGGUGCAAAGUGGUGACUGAACUGGUUGUGGAUGGAGAUAUGCCCUCAGUAGACCUAGUACUUGCAGCUGUUGACCACUUGAAUUCUCAGUCUAUGCAGGUGCAGACAACAAUUUUCGCCGAGCCUGGAAGGAUGAAAAAGAAAGCGUGGAAAGAUCUGGUAAGCCGGCGUGGAUUUGAAUUCAAGCCGGUGGUACGCCGCCAUGGCAUGUACGAGGAACAUGUUGAUCGAGCGGUGAAGAAGCAUUUGGGCAGCUUAGCCACCACUACUGGUACAGUUCACGUAGCGCUGCUCACGGCAGAUGCUGGCUUUGUCCAGGACAUGCGGAAGAUAGUCCUGGCAGGGAAACAGGCUAAGAUUUUCACGCUGACGCAGUAUAGUGGGGUAGCGCAAAGAUACAAGAAGGCCGGCGUUUUGGUUGUGCCACUGGACUCUGACAACAAGAUCACAUACAAGGUAAGAGCCGUCCUCGAGCCUGACGGCACAGGAUUUGUGCAAUGCUGCAGCCCUAUCCCUCACAGAGCAUUGGACAGAGAAGUUGCGGUUCUAAAGGAAUUCAUGUCAAGCUCGGGAUAUAUGCCUACUGGCGAUGAGUUCUUGCCGUCAUGCAUCGCCAAGUGGUGUUUCACGAACUCUGUAGGCCCAAUUACAGUGUAUCCGGCGACUUCCUGCUAUUUGGAGUCGUAUCAGUUCGUCACCGCAGGCUUGGCACGAGAGGCACAACAGGACGUUGCAUUUUUUCUUCCUCUAGGGUGCCUUGCACCGCGUGGACGUAAAAAAAGGAAAAUCAUGGACCAGUACGGGUCCUGGCGUGGCUGGAGCAUGUCUCGCGCUGUAGGCCCCUUCGUGUUAACUCGUUCCUCUGAUCUGGUCAGCGAGGCUUUCAGACGGCUGGGCUUCCUGGACAGCCAACUAAAUUCAGAUCUGUCUGAAGCAAUGCUGGUGUUUGCGAACGUGGGCAUGAAUAAGAAGAUGCUUCGAAAGAUGGGAGUGCUCCCUGAAAAAGGCGAGCCCGCCAGACAGCUGGAAAACAAGUUCAAGCAAGCCUUCCUCUCCAGUUGCAGUACUGGACAGUGGCUGGUGCCCCCAUCGGAUGCCCAGAUUCGCAACAAGUUUGCGUGCACAGGUCGUAUUACCGAUGAGUCUGCGUCGAGGGAAGAAGUCUUCGCUGCGAUGCAGGAAUACUCGAAGAAAAAAGGUUUUCCAAGACUGACGACCUACAACGGCCUUGCCUCUCAACUUCUGCAGCACAUCAAUCGCAAGGACGCCAGGCGCAGGGACGCAGUUCAUCUGUAG